AUGUUGAUCUUCUGCUGCUCUCUGCUUUUCUCCCUUAACACCGUUGCCCAACCCUUGCCACAAUUCACCGACAUCACACACGAAGCAGGCAUCGACUUCGUCCAUAACACGGGUGCCUUCGGUAAGAAAUACCUGCCUGAAACCAUGGGCUCAGGAUGUGCCUUCAUCGACUAUGACACAGACGGUUGGCAGGAUAUUCUACUCGUCAACGGAAAGGAUUGGGAAGGAGAACCGACCCAGAAACGGCAAACGAUGGCACUCUACCGCAACAACCGAGACGGCACCUUCACCGAUGUCACCGAAACCGCGGACCUCGCUACACCGCUUUACGGUAUCGGUGUCGCUGUCGCUGAUUACGAUAACGACGGUGAUCCAGAUAUCUAUAUCAGCACCCUUGAAACCGAUCGGCUCUUCCAAAACAACGGUGACGGUACAUUUGUUGACGUUACAGAAGCCGCCGGUAUUCACAACCCCGGUUUCGGCACAAGCUGCGCAUGGUUCGAUUACAACAAGGACGGGCACCUCGAUCUCUACGUCGCGAACUAUGUCGACUGGAGCAGAGAGAACGACCUGUUCUGUACGCUCGACGGCAUUAAUAAAUCCUACUGCACCCCUGAAUCCUACACAGGGCAGUCCAGCAAACUUUUCAGAAAUCGGGGCGACGGCACAUUUGCCGAUGUCUCCCGUAUCGCACGGAUUGAGGACAAUACGAGCAAAUCACUCGGUGUUUGCAUCUUCGAUUACAACGCCGAUGGCUUACCGGACAUCUUUGAGGCGAACGACACACAACCCAAUAAACUCUAUCAAAACAACGGUGAUGGCACCUUCAUCGAAAGCGGAAUGCUCGCGGGAAUCGCCUAUAACGAAAGCGGUGUCGCAACCGGCGCAAUGGGAAUCGAUGCCGCAGACUACGAUCGCAUCGGCAAGGAGAGCCUCGUCAUCGGCAACUUCUCCAACGAGAUGCUCAACCUCUAUCACAACGAAGGCGACUUUUUCAUCGACGAUGCCCCUGUCGCACACAUCGGAAACGCCACCCUAUUGACGCUCACCUUCGCCUGUUUCUUCUUCGACUUCGAUCUCGACGGCAACCUUGACAUUUUCACAGCCAACGGACACGUCGAAAACGACAUCAACGCCAUCCAGACCCAAGUCACUUACGCUCAACCCCCACACCUGUUUCACAACGAUUCCCAAGGCAAAUUCACCGAUGUGCUUCAUAAAGUCGGCGCAGAUUUGGCAAAGCCGAUGGUUGGGAGAGGUGGAGCCUAUGGCGAUAUCGACAACGACGGCGAUUGGGAUCUGCUCGUUACCACUUCUAACGGACCCGCGCACCUUUUCCGAAACGAGGAUGGAAACCGCAACGCGUGGAUUAAGAUUCAACUCGUCGGACGAACAAGCAACCGCGACGGCAUCGGUGCCCAGAUCCGUAUAACCUCCGCGUUGGGAACACAGACACGAACGGUCAAGAGCGGUUCGAGUUACUGCUCACAGAGCGAACUCACCGCCAUUUUCGGCAUAAACGACGAUCCUAUUAUCCAGACAAUCGAAAAACCUUUUCCGGUGAUUGUAGUAAACCCUAAAGACAGUCCUUACGGCCGCAUUUUCACGCUCAUCCACGAGUUGGUCCACAUUGCUCUCGGAGAAAGUGUCAUCCAGAACACGGACUUUGAAGAAGAAAACACCCCUAAUCUGGAUCCAAUUGAAGUCUUUUGCAAUCAGGUGGCAGCCGAUGUCUUAGUCCCGGAAAAUGAAUUGUUAGAAACGGUAAAUUUGGAGAUACUUGAAGAAGAUCUACCCAGAAUCUCCAAGUUCUUCCAUUACUGGCACAAUGUUUUUGAACGACGUUUCGACCCCGAUCGGGAUAUUCGCAGUGCUGUGGGCAUAAUAACCGAAGCGCGAAAUAACACUUUUCACACCGAAACAGAAGACCUCUCUCCGGGCUACGCCUUGGCUCGGCUUCACGAAAUCGCCGACAUGCUUGGACAAAUCAAUGCGCCUGAGCAGAAACGAGAAGUUGAAGCCCUUCGUGAUAAGGUGCUAACCAGUGCAACGUUAGUUGCAGAGGCGAAACCGAAACUACCACGUAGAAAGGCAGCUGACCUCAAGUCAUGGCGUGAUGUUAUACGUCCUAACACUGAUGUCAUUGAAGGCUCCUUCCGAAAAUCGGAAUUCGCCGCCGACCUUCAAGAAGUUUUUGAAGGAAAAGCGAAAACGCCAGAAUACGGCGAAACCGAAAUCUUUUUCAACCAAACAUACAUUACCCCUGGGCUUCAUCAAUUAUUAGUCAAUACCUUAAAACGACUCGGUGGCAAAAGUGGGGAUCCGGUUAUCCAACUCAAAACGGGUUUCGGAGGUGGAAAAACGCAUAGCCUUAUUGCCCUCUAUCAUCUCGUUACUGGGGCAAAUAUGCUAAGAGAACUUCCGCCGGAAGGUAAAUAUGCACGGCUGCGUAAGGAAAUCGACGACAUUAUAGAGGAGGCAGAAUGGGAUUCUGGUACGCCAAUCAAUGCCAACGUCUCUGUGCUGGUUGGCACCUACCUCUCCACUACCGACUCAGAUGAAACUAAACAGGGAGACCCACUAAACACACUCUGGGGUAGGAUGGCUGAUCAACUCGGCGGACAAGAUGCCUACAACAUCAUACAAAAAGCCGCACUCGAAGGUAUUGCCCCCGGCGGAAAGCAGUUGGAUGCACUCUUUGAGCUCGUUGGUCCCUCUGUCAUCUUAAUAGAUGAACUCGUUGCUUACGCUCGUAAUGUACAAGAUGUCACACAGGAAAGUAUCUAUACCUUCUUUCAGACGCUCACAGAGUCCGUAAAUAGAUCUAAGAAUGUUACGCUCGUCGCAACUUUACCAGAAGGACAGGUACAAGCAGGUGGAGAAGGCGGGAUGACUGUCCUUGAUACGCUUGAAUCUAUCCUUGAACGGAUUGAUGCUGUCUCAAUUCCCUUAGAAGUUGACAAUGCAUUUGAAGUGGUGCGCAGGCGGUUGUUCGGUAGCAUAAUUGACGAGACAGAACGAGACCUAACCUGUGAAGCGUUCAGAAAAAUGUACCAGAACUCACGCAGCGAAUACCCCGACGGUGUUAACGAUCAACGCUACUUGCAGCGGAUGAAAGACUGCUACCCGAUACACCCGGAGGUAUUUGACCGGCUUUCCCAAGACUGGGCAGUGAUUCCCGGAUUUCAGCGGACCCGUGGUGUACUGCGGAUGAUGGCGACUUGCAUCUCCCGCCUCUAUCAAGAGCAAGAUCCCUCCCUUUUAAUAAUGCCAGCGAAUCUCACAUUGGACGACCCCGCGCUUGCUGAUGAAUUUACAAGACUGCUUGCAAGGUCCGGCGGGAAUUGGGAUCCCGUCGUCCAAGAGAUAGACAGCCACGGCUCCCGCACUGAACAGAUCGAUAGGAGCUCUCAAAACUUCAUUGAGGUAGGCAAUGCGGCACGCCAAACCGCACGGACCAUCUUCCUAGGAAGUGCCACGGGGGGCGCGGUCAAAGGCAUUACAACCCGUCAGAUCCACCUCGGAGUUGUCGAACCCGGACAAGGUAUUUCCGUCUAUAACGAUGCACUCAGUAGGAUGACCGGCAACCUCUAUUUCCUCUAUAAUCUUGACGAUAGAUAUUACUUCCACACCCAGGAGAACCUCAAUAAGGUCGCUAUAGAUCGCGCUGCGGAAUACACCGAGGAAGAUAUCCACGCUGAGAUUGUCUCACGGUUGGAAAGAGCCAUCGGACGCGAUCCGAGCGUGCAAAUUUGUCCCACAUCAUCAAGUCUUGUAAAGGAUUCUGAGACGAUCCAGUACAUCAUUCUUCCGCCGCAGGCAUCCCUGCCAAGCCGCGAAAAAGAGACGGAUACCGCAAGCGACACGGCACGCAAAAUUCUCACAUACAGUGCAGACGAUGAGAGACAACGCACCUUUAGAAACGCUCUCCUCUUCAUCGCAGCGCGACGAGACGAUAUCCGAGACCUCAAAAACCUUGUCAAAAACUACCUCGCAUGGAAUUCUGUCAUGAAUGGCGAUGUCCUACAUGGGGCACUCACCAAUCUUGAGGGCGCGAGAUUAGAUCAGACGACGGAAAACCUUGAAUCCGCUGAGGAUGCAGUAACAACGGCACUCUUCAAAGCAUACCGAUGGGCACUCGCUCCUUCACAAUCGGAUCCUCAAAACAGUGCCUACGACUUCUCUAUCACCGACACAAAAAUUGAUGAUCGCAGAAUCAUAAGUCGUCUCCGUGAAAAAUUCAUUGAGGACGACGCAAUUGUCACAAAAAUAGCACCUGAAAUCUUCGCGGCACAAUUGCAGCAAUACGUCUGGAGUAGUGAUGCCUACCAAGAGCACAUUGGUUUAGAUACGCUCUGGGAACUCAUGGCACAAAACGUCUACAUGCCACGGCUGCGCGACCGAAACAUUUUGGCAACGUGCAUCAGAGACGGUGUGCAGGCAGGCACUUUCGGAUACGCCAGUGCUUAUGAGGAUGACAACUACCGCAACUUCCGUUUCGAGGAACAGGUCGGCGGGCUCCGAGUGGUUGAAGGUAGCGCAGCCGUCCUCAUAAACCCUGAGAUGGCAAAACUGCUCAAGGAGGAAAAAGAAAGACAGAAGAAAUCGGACGCUCCCGAAUCAGCACCAGACACAGAAAAACAAACGGGAGACGACCCAACCGGCGUUGUGAUCGAACCGCCACAAGCAAAAGGACCUACGCACGUCGUUGUUACCAAAGCUUUGCAGUUAGAACUUCCAUUUGGCAAUGAGAUUGACAUCCUCCAGGACGAGAUUGCCCGAACCCUACAAGCGGAUGGCGGAAAUGUGAAAAUUGAAAUCACCGUUACUGCUAAUAAAUCAGACGGAUUCUCGGAAAAUACCACCCGUGCCGUUAAGCAAAAUAGCGAACACCUCAACGCAGAAUUCAAGAGCGACUAA